AUGUCCAACGAACGAGACGGAAGAAACCUCAUUGCGGAGGCUGAUAAGAAGGCCCAACACAAGGGAUGGUUUGGCGGAAACAAACUAGAGGAGGCCGCGGAGCUCUAUACAAAAGCCGCCAACUGCUUCAAGGUUGCGAAAAAAUGGAAGGAGGCUGGAGAUGCAUUUAUGUCAAAGGCGACAGUACUGAACAGGAUGAAUGAGCGAGACGAGGCUUCUGGGGCUUACAUGGACGCUGCAAAGUGUUACAAAAAGAUUAGCCCUCAUGACGCGGUAACAUGUCUUCAGCAAGCUGUGGAGAUUUUGGUCGAGAAGGGCCGCUUCCAGGCUGCCGCAAACAAUCAGAAGCAGAUGGCAGAGAUUUAUGAGACAGACCUGGUCGAUUUCGAGAAGGCGAUGCAUGCAUAUGAAAUCGCCGCCGAGUGGUACCACGGAGAGGACUCUAAUGCGCAAGCCAACGCGUGCAUGCUGAAAGUGGGGACAUUCGCUGCCCAAAUAGAUCAGUUCGACAAGGCCAUCGAGAAGUUCGAGCAGGUGGCCACAAACAGCAUGGACAGCCAAUUGACACGGUUCUCGCUGCGUGAAUACUUCCUCAAGGCAGGGAUUUGUUACCUGUGCACCGGGGACUACAUUCGCGCACGCCAAGCGCUUGAGCGGUAUCAGAACAUGGAUGCCACAUUUGCGCCGACAAGGGAAUGCGGCUUCCUGAAGGCAUUAUUGGAAGCGGUGGAAGCACAAGACGCUCAAGCGUUCACAGACGCUGUAUCAGACUGGAACCGCUUAACGGCAUUGGAUAAUUGGAAGACGGCAUUGCUGCUGAAAGUGAAGAAGUCUUUGAACGAUGAGGAGGUAGACUUCACAUAA